CUUCGAAUCCACUCUGGCAAGAUGCUCAAAAUGGUUUCUAUGAAUGGCCGACCGCUACCACUAGUCCACCAAGAGAACCAACCAAUCCCUACUCCUACUCCAACAAGGAUACCUGCGCCGACCUGCUUGAGUGUGUGAUGUCCCAGGCGGAUCCGAGAGAUACAGACGACAGCGGCGGAUGA